CAAACGUUCUCUCUCAGAAAAAAUUCGUCCAUCUCCUACUAGCUAUCCCCCAUCCGGAGCUUCUCUCUUUCGCAUCCUCUUCUUGGGUUACUCUUCCAUCUAUGUAGUUAAUUUUUCCAGCAAAUUAAUGUCUCUCCACCUACAUGUUUUCAGCUUUGAGCAUUAAGAAGUCAGUAAAAAGCGAAGAUCGUUAUUUGGCAUCCUCUUCUUGGGGCUACUCUUCCAUCUCUGUAGUUAAUUUUUCCAGCAAAUUAAUGUCUCUCCACCUGCAUGUUUUCAGCUUUGAGCAUUAAGAAUUCAGCUAAAAGCGAAGAUCGUUAUUUGGCUUCCUCUUCUUGGGAUACUCUUCCAUAUCUGUCGUUAAUUUUUCCAGCAAAUUAAUGUCUCUCCACCUGCAUGUUUUCAGCUUUUAGCAUUAAGAAGUCAGCUAAAAGCGGAGAUCAUUAUUUGGCUUCCUCUUCUUGGGAUACUCUUCCAUCUCUGUACUUAACUUUUCCAGCAAAUUAAUGUCUCUACAGCUGCAUGUUUUCAGCUUUGAGCAUUAAGAAGUCAGCUAAAAGCGAAGAUCGUUAUUUGGCAUCCUCUUCUUGUGUUGCGUACUCUCAAAAUCUUUGUAGUUAAUUUCCAGCAAAUUUCUCCACCCUUGCGCUUUCAGUUUUGAGCUUUGACAAGGUAUGAUGGUCUUAAUCCCUAGCUAUAGAUAUAGCUGCCCACAUUAUUUUUACUCAAAAUUCAUUUUACCAUAAUUAAGUAUAACUUCAAAUCGUUACUUCUUUGUGUGUGUGUGUUUUCUUCAUUUUUACGUUGAAUAAUCCCUAUACAUAUAC